AUGGCUGCAUUAAAAUUUAUUUUUACUUUUAUCAUUGGAGAUUUCAUUGAAAAGGUGAUGUUGUUCAAUCCAAUGUUAACGUACAGUGUACGUUACAAAAAAGUGUAUGCACAUCCAAGCCACCUUGGGAAUUUCACGAUCCACCAACUCAAAGAAACACAAUUUAUUAAUGGAAAUCUUACAAUACCUCCAAAUUUUUUCGCUGAUAAAGUAAUGCUCAGCGUGUGUCCAUUCUGGUUAUUCUGUCGUUGUGACGCUGAUGGCAUUAACUGCGAAUACUUUCAAACGUGGAAAUUAACAGAUAUCUGCACUAAAUUAAAGGACAAGAAUCAAAUAUGGUCCCGCUGGUACGGUUCGUUUGAUCCACCUGUGGUUUGUCCAUUUGAUAAGGUUCAUUAUCAAAUGAGAAAUGGAACUAUUGAUCUUGGCAUAGCAACGCUGUUGUAUCCUCUAGCAACUGAUUACCAAUGGAGAGUACUUCAAAAAAUAUACGGUAAUAAUAGAUGUAUCGGUGUUAUGGUUAUAGAAGUUUCAAUUUUUGGCUACAGAAAAAAAAUCAAGUUAAUUCCAAAAUUAUAA